AUGAGCGAUGGUAGGUCUGUAAGUGGUCAGCUGAAGAAGUUUGUGUUUCGUGGCAAGUCAUCAAGCAAAGGCGACUCUCGAGGUGAAUAUUUGGAGAUAGUUAUACCAGAGCUUCUCACGGCAGGCUACUCGUUCUACACGUGGCCGUCGGCACCCUUAUUAGCCUGGUAUUUGUGGACACAAAGACGCCAUUUACGCGGACUCCGCGUACUCGAGCUGGGCUGCGGGACCGGCUUGCCAGGAAUCCUAGCCGCCAAGUGCGGCGCCCGUGUUACGCUCACCGACAGCGUUGCCUUGCCCAGGUCCCUGAGGCACCUGUCUGCGUGUUGUGAGGCCAAUGGUCUAGUUCCCAAUCGCGACGUAAAGAUCCUAGGACUCGCCUGGGGACUAUUCUUAUCAGAGGUUCAUUCACUGCGACCAGUAGAUCUGUUAUUAGCUUCAGAUUGUUUUUACGAGCCCUCUCAGUUUGAGGAGGUGUUAUCGACAGUCGCUUACCUGCUAGACGGCACUGACGCCCGCUUUUUAUGUUCUUACCAGGAACGCAGCGCGGACUGGUCCAUUGAGGCUCUGCUGAAGAAGUGGGGACUGAAGGGAGCUCUGCUGGACUUGGAUUCUCUGAGUGAGAGCUCAGGUGUGGACUACAGGUCACUAGUUGGCGACCGAUCUUUGCAUUUACUUGAAAUAGUUGCAGUUUAAGGUUAUGGCCAGCACAGCGAGAGCAGCUCGCCUGUACGUAGGCAAUCUGCCCUGGACUGUAGGUCAUCGACAGCUCAAAGAGUACUUUGCACAGUUUGGACCAAUACAGAGUGCUAGAGUAGUGUUUGACCGCUCUACAGGUCUCAGCAAGGGCUAUGGGUUCAUCGAGUUUGUGAGUCCCUCUGCUGCUGCCGAUGCUACUAACAAGCAAGUACACACUUUAGAAGGAUUGAACUUGACUGUUCAAGUCCAAAAUAAUUAGAUACACACUGCCAUAUUUAGUUAGCAUUUACAAUGGCUGAAGCACUUCCAGAUUUCCCUGACUCUGACUUUUCAGAUGAAGAGUUGUCUCCUUUAGAGAUAUCUUUUAACAAAGCAGCUGACCAUGUUAGGAAGUUAACAAGCUCAUUAGAUAACAACCAACUUUUAGAACUUUAUGGUCUGUACAAACAAGGAACUGAAGGCAAAUGCAAUGUUCCAAAGCCUGGCUGGCUGGACGGCAGGGGUCGCAGGAAGUGGGAGGCCUGGAGAUCUCUUGGUGACUUACCCAGUGAUGAGGCUAAACAAAAGUAUAUCACCUUAGUGCAGAAGUAUGCACCAGAACUGACAGAUCUUUCUACUGAAAAAGAAUUAGGUGUGAAGGAAACCUGGAUAGCAGUGUCUUCCAUGCGCAAAUCCCCAGAGCCUGAACUAAUACAUAAUGAACUGUCUAUAUUGGAUGCGGCGCGAGAGAACUGUGCCGAGCGCGUCACGCAACUACUUGCCGAGCAUCCUGAACUUCGUCAUGAGAAGGAUGACGAUGGUCUGACCGCGCUGCACUGGGCCACUGACCGCAAUGCCACAAAGGCUUUACAAGCAGCUUUAGAUGGAGGAUGCCCAGUAGAUGCAGCAGAUGAGUGUGGUCAGACUGCUUUACAUUAUGCUGCGUCCUGUGGCCACGUGGAGUCCACCAGGAUAUUACUCAAAGCUGGUGCUUCUCUGCUAAAAGAUGAGGACGACUGUACUCCAUUGGACUUGGCUGCUGAUGAUGAAAUAAGGAAAAUUCUGGAAGGUGCUACGUAGAUUAAGUAAUGUCUGUCAUCCAUUGGUAUGCCCGUACCAGUUUUAGUUAGAAUUAAUAUUGGGUUAUUGUAGUUAUUCAUAAUAAUAAACUUUGAAUAUUU